AUGCCAAUCAAGCUGCCCAAGGGGUUUCAGCGACGGAAGUCUUCAGGAAAUGCCUUGGAGGAAGUUCGUAAUCCUCCCGACUCUCACUCUUCCUUCAGAGUUUUGGACAGGCCAGGCAGCAAAGGAAAGUCUUUUGAUGGCGGUAUAACGAUGAGAAUGGCUUCAGCCGGAGCACCGAGGCCACCGCCAAAGGACCAUGAAGACCAUGAAGAGGACGAUUUGUUUACGGGAGGGCGGCAGGAUGGGAACAACCGUGGAAGUGGUGGAACGGAGCGUUCUCAUUCUACGGCCCCCUACGAUAGUGGUGCAUCUUCUACCCGCCUGAGCAUCUCCUCCACGAAUCCAUCUUCUCUCGAUACGAAGUCGGACAAGAAUGUCCAGAACUCCACACAAAGGCCUCUCAACGACAUUCCGGUGCCGCCUCCAUUGUCAGCCAAAACCGCCUUCUUACGUAGUCCCGGGCGAACGUUCUCCUUUGGAAUCGUCAAAGGCGGCCGAGAGUCGCCUAAUUUCUCUCCUGGUGAACCAGCUGCCCUAACCAACAGCAGAAACAGAGCAGUUACUUCCAGCAGUGCUAGCACUGCGACACCACCCCGACUUUUCGAUUCUGAUCUAGCACUGGACAAUUCCGAAUUAGAUGGCUUCGGCAACAUGUUCGACCAUAUCGGGUCUAGCCCUGGGCCACCCCCUGUGCGGCAUGAACCCAUCUUCUCAUCUCCGACAACUUAUCCUCCCACUAGCUAUCCCGGUGCCGCUCAUUCUCGUCUCAGCAGAGUACCGGUGCCUCCUCCUGUCCGGACGGAUCGGACCCAAGCUGUUGAAUCUUCCCCCUAUUCAUGGAGCUCUCAUAAUUCUCGGGAGGGCCUAAUGAGAUCUCCCAGCCCUUCAAAGACCAUCACUCAAGGAAGCCCUACCAUGAUUCGAGAUAACAAUCGGCAAAGUUCCAGUCAAAGCCCUGCAUCAUCACGAUCGAUUCUUCCGUCCAGGAAGCCAGUGGGCCAGCGAACGACCACACAAGAGGAAGAUGUGGAACCGACACCACCAUUGCAGUCGAGGUUUACGGAUACUAACCUGCUGUCAACAAGUCCGACCAGAGAAGCCGACGAAGCGCUAUCCCCAAGCUCGACGCACAGCGCAACAUUUGACCCUUCCAUCGCAGCCGAUGCACAGCUCGCCAGUAUGUACCAGGAGACUAAGACCGCACCCCCGAAACCAGUUUCAGCAAACAAGAUCAUGACGCCGGCACAAUGGGAACAAUACAAACAGCAGAAAGAGAUGGAUCGCAGAUUAGGAGCUCUGUCUGACGACAGCAGCUCCGCCGCUGAUGACGAUGACGAGGAUGAGGAUGAGGUCGAACGCGACCGUCGAGCUGCAAAGCAACGCCGGAAACAGGAGGCUCACCUAGCCGUGUACCGCCAACAAAUGAUGAAAGUUACAGGCGACAAAGUACCGUCCAGACCCGAGAGUAGUCUGAGCGCGCUGAGGCCAGGCAAUGGAAGUUCCAGUGAUCUCAACAAUCGACUGUCUCAUUUGACUUUGGACUCAAAGCAGUCAGGCAGGAGUAGUGGCGAGGAAGAGGAGGAAGACGAGGACGUACCACUGGGGAUCCUAGCGGCACAUGGGUUCCCGAACAAGAAUCGACCACCCACUCGACUCUCGAAAUUGCCCUCGAAUUCGAACCUCCGUAGUGUGAGUCAACCCCAAGCUGCACCAUCUGUGGUGAGUCAAGCUCCCAAGGGGGGCAACUUGCCGGUCUUCGCCCGGCAUCUGCCUCAGGAUCCCUACUACGGAGCUGGCCUUGUUGCUCCAUCCAAUCGAGAGUCUCUAUCGAUUCACCCUGCCAGUCCUGCCAUGGGAGCUGGCCCAUCAACGGCCCAUCCGAUGCAUCCAGCAGGCCUGGUUGGCGUCAUUGCCGGAGAAGAACGGGCACGCGCCGCAAGAAGAGGCAGCCCGAAUCCUUCGGGAACCUAUGAAAUACCUGGCCUCCCGCCUCACCCUGGAAUGCUACCGAGAUCGCAAACGACGAGCAGCAUGUCUACUAUGGGCUACCCCAUGGGAAUGCCUGGAAUGCCGGGUAUGCCUCCGAUGAUAAGCCCGGGGGAGCAAGCCCAGCUUCAAAUGUCCCAACAGAUGACUCAAAUGAUGCACUUUCAAAUGCAAUGGAUGCAACAGGUGCAGCAAAUGAUGGGUGGCCCGGGCAACCUCCCGCCGGGUAUGCCUCCUCAACCUGGUCCACAAAGGCCACAGUCGUCACAUGUGCAACAUGCAUCGGCUCCCCAGCUGGGUCAGAGGACUAUGAGUACUCUCAAUCCGGGCAUGGCUCCAUGGAAUUCCCAUCCGUCGUUUGUACCGUCCAUCAAUAUCAAUGGUGGGAACUACACACCUUCGAUUGCUCCGUCGGAGCGCAGCAACGUCGGCCUUGCAUCGAGGUAUAGGCCAGUGUCAAUUGCUCCCGAGCCAGAUGCCUCUUCGACGCGACGGGCGUCUACAUUCACCACAUCCUCUUCCCGGCCAUGGUCGCAAGCAGACAACGCCCCUCGAGCUUCCAUGUACGGAGGUAAACCCUCAGUCAACACGGUCGGCCGGAGAUCUCCACUAGCCAACCAGGAGGACGAUGACGACGAGCAAGGGUGGGCAGAAAUGAAAAUGAAGAAAGAGAAGAAGCAAAAGAACCGGGCUCUUCGGAAGGGACAAAACGCGCUUCAAGAGCUAUACACCAACGCCCCGUAA